AGAACGACAGCGAGAGGAGAGGAUGGCCGGGAUGAUGGGGAAGGCGAUGCCAAUGGCGAGAGCGCCGCACGACCAGAUGCGGUUCGGUUUCUCUUCAUUUGCACAGGACGCAUCUGCGGGACACCCGUUGGAGGCGAUGAACAAGGCAAGGAUCCCUAACGAGUUUGACUUCAAGAUGGACCUCGCUGGCAAGGUUUACGGUAGCGCUUUCGUAAUGCGGAUGAAGACCGAGGUGGCUACGCUCUCCCAGGCACAACACCUCCCCGGCCUGCCGUCCUCCAUGCUGGGGCUGGAGACCGUGCUCGGCCGGGACGAGACGGUGGAGUUCGAGGACUACCUCGACCCGCCCGCGGACCGGCCCGAGGGCCCGCGGUUCCGCGUUCACGAGGCCAUGGAGAUCCAGUACGGCCUCAUGUAGAAGGUGCUUUUUUCUCUUGGAGAGGGACGGGGAAAAGUCACCGGGGCGGCGAGAACGGGAGGGACACGCGCGAGCACGCUUCUCACGUUCGAGGCGCCGUUUGCCACCAGGCAGGCGAACAAUCUUGAUCGGAUCCAUCCGCGAGCGUGGCUGCGGCGGCGGCCUCAAGCCGGCGCUCUUCUUGCUCUGGGGCUCUGACUGCUGUACAAUACGUUUCUCGUAGUAGCGUGUAGAGGUAUAUAUAGUUAUUUUGUUUUGGAGGAGUUUUUGACGGCUCUCUUGUUUCGUCUCUUCCGUGGCUGUUAAUGCGGGGCGGGGAAGAACCUCGUGGCUCAAGAAGAAGCCGGCGCUGGCAUUAAUCAAUAAUCAAAAGCACGGCUGAGUCACCGAAUGCCAAAAUUUUGCCAUGUCCACGAGAGAACACGGUUGCUUACCGUAGUUGCGCCCUUGAACUCUAUUGAGGCUUUCUUGCGCUACACGCUGUCAGACACGUUCUCUCUUCGUAUGGUGGAAAUUCCUUCGCGUAAAUCGGCCGGACUUUGGCCUUCACGACAUGAGGGCACACAUACGUCCAACCGU